UUAGUUCCGUGUAAAUGUGCAAUUCUGAAAUUCUAUUCUUUUGAGGUUAUCAUUCUAUCUGUCUAUAUUUUCAAUAUUUGAAUUUUGACUUUAUUUGGUUUAUAGUAAAAUAAAUUCAAAUUCAAAUAUUUCUAUUUAAUUUUUCAACUGAGAAUUUAAAAAAAUGGAUAAACCAGUAGUAUUAUCUCGAGUUUUGAAGGUUUUGGGUCGUACAGGAUCGCAAGGUCAGUGUACACAGGUUAAAGUAGAGUUCAUCGGCGAACAAAAUCGACAAAUCAUUAGAAAUGUUAAGGGACCUGUUCGUGAAGGGGAUAUUCUUACACUCCUCGAAUCUGAAAGAGAAGCAAGAAGACUUAGAUAAUGUUUUUAAUGUGAGUAUAUAUACAAAUACAAUAUCUUGAACAUGAAUAAAAGAUGAUUAAAACUAUGGAAACAAAAAAAUGUAAUUAACUUUACAUUUGUACAAUAAAAUAAAUAUACGCAUUAAAAA